GUCUCUCCCUCGAGAGAAAUUAUACGAGUGUGUGACAGAGGUCUCCGUCUUCGCCUUCCUCUUCUCGCCUGUCCUGCCUCAUAGUAUUCUUUGCUUAGGGUUUUGAUCAUGGAAAGACACAGAGGAGACCAUCAACGGCAUCACGAGCUUCAACAUCCCAACUUUAACCAGCACCACCCCGACCAGAACCAAUUCAACAACCACAACCACAGCCAUUACAAUUACGACUCUAAUCAGCAGAUGAGUGGUGAAGCUAACGAGCCAUUUAUUGGUGGAUUAUUCCGCCCCAAUGGCCGCAAAAGAGGCCGAUUCCAUUCUUCAGAUUACGGUGAUGGUGGUGUUAAUGCAAAGCUUUAUAUCGCACCAAUUCCAAGAACAACGACUGAAGAAAAUAUCCGCUCUUUGUUUGAAGAACAUGGAAGUGUUGUUGAGGUUGUUUUACCCCGGGAUAAGCGGACUGGGCAACAACAAGCAUAUUGUUUUGUGAAAUACGCGACAUUUGAGGAAGCUGACAGGGCUAUUAGGGCUUUGCAUAAUCAGCAUACGAUUCCUGGGGAAGUGGCUCCAUUUAAAGUCAGAUAUGCUGAUGGAGAACGGGAACGCCCAGUUGCCCGCUGUUCCAUGGUAGGGGGAUUUGUGGACAAGCUCUAUGUUGGUUCUAUAAACAAGCUGGCUUCAAAACAGGAAAUUGAGGAGAUAUUUUCUCCAUAUGGUCAUGUGGAAGAUGUCUACAUUGCACGUGAUGAGCUGAAGCAAAGUCGUGGAUGUGCAUUUGUUAAGUUUGCUCACAGAGAUAUGGCACUGGCAGCAAUCAAAGGAUUAAAUGGAACUCUUACCAUGAGAGGGUGUGAUCAGCCAUUGAUUGUUCGUUUUGCAGAUCCCAAAAAACCUAAGACUGGAGAAUUAAGAGGCAGUUUCGCAUUUGGUGGUCCAAAUUUUGGUCCCUGCUCUCAACAACCAAUGAUCAGGCCAGCACCUGGGUGUUUUUUGCCUAACGCUUCAUUUUCUAUGCAACAAACCUCAACAACUGGAGUUCCACAAGCUGUUGCCCAUGCAGCAAAACAGGAAUUUGCAUCUCCUCAUAUCACAGAGCAACCACUUUCUUCAAUAAAGCACUCACCUUCACAGUUGUCUCAGAUGCCAUUACAGCAUAUGCAGGCUCCAGAGAAAUGUUUUCAAUCACCUCAACAAGCAAUUUUUGAUACACAUAAACAGACCCAAAUUUUAGAGCAGCAGCAGAAUCAACAGCUUGCCCUGCAGGAGCAUGUUUUCCUGCAGCCAGCUUGGACUGGAAACAUUCAACCAGCUAGUCGUAAUUCUGUCACCUCUGCAGUGCCUCCCAGUCCCCAAAUCGUAGAUCCAGGAGAGUGUGAUUGGAGUGAGCAUUCCUGCCCAGAUGGAUACAAGUACUAUUAUAAUUGUAUCACCUGUGAAAGUAGAUGGGAGAAGCCUGUGGAGAUCACCUUAUUUCUGCAACAAUUCCAGGAAGAGAAAAGGCUGCAUGGUUCAAACCAGCAAUCUUCCCUCUCGCCAGUUUGUUCUGCUGAGGAAGUUGAUCAAACACAAAAGGAACUAGAUCGUGUGCAAAUACAAUCAGAAACAAGUCCUGUUAUUGAUCCCUCCUGUGUUUAACAGGAGAUUAGGUUGCUCAAAGUGGCUGUUUGAAGUUAUUUCUUUGGUUUUAUCUAUUCUUCUGAGUUCUGCCUACCUAAUAUUGUCAGCCUGACAAGUAUUUCCGAUAACAGGAUUUAGCUGUAAGCUUCAUAUUUCAUGCUUGGAAGGUCUUGGAGGUUCUGGAUUUAUGGCCUUAUUCUGUAGAACUGUGGACCUCUGAUUAAAUGUAAAAAACAUCUUUGAGGCUAUCAUCUUCCUUUCAUUUUCCAUUCAUUUCUCCUGGACCAUUUGUGGAUGUGCACUUCUGGAAAUCAGGCAUCUUAAGUAGCAUUCCUAGGAGAACUAGUGCAAGCAUGCAUUUGGGUAUUUGGUGAAUUAUUCUGAGUAAAUCUUCCAGGAAUACAUAAUUUAGUUGUUUCUUGCUGAGUUUGUGGCCCAAGUUGCUGUGAAGGGCUUUGCUACCUGAUAUUCUCUCCCUGGCUGCAGCAGUGUGCUCUUUUAAAGCUUCAGUACUGAGUCGGUAGGUGUCAUCAAGAGUAAUGUAAUCUUCAAUAACAUGCAAAUCAAAGUGCCUUUAUAACUGUACACUUUGCUGUAUGAAAUGAUGAGUUGAGUUGAUGGCAAGUUAUCAUGUGUAUGCUUUUAAGGCUCUGAUAAUGUAUAACUAUUGAUGGAAGGUUGAGGCAAGAAGGUUUAUGAAGGUUUCUUGCAUCA